CCGCACUUCCAUCGAAUCCCCUGUAACGCAAACUCCGAUGUAGAGAGCAUCGAAUGUGGGUGCGAGGAAUGCUUUUGCACCUUCGAUCGGCGCGAAAUAAUACUCCCUUCUGCGAAGUGCAGCAAAGCACGGCGCGAAAGAAAUUACCCUCUCCUGCCUCAUGGAUCAAGUCGGGUGGUCACUUUUGUCGAUGGCUCGCCUCCCCGUUGACUUCGAUAUGCUCAUUCUCACUUUGGAAUUUCCUCCGACCAGCACACAAGCCUCACCAUGGACGCCUGCAGCCAACCUCUCACCAUCCUCACCGACAAGUCUGCGCUCUCCGUCCAGAAGACAACCACCUCCAACGCGAAAAGCACGAAUGCCAAGCUCCACCAGAAAGUGCACGCCGCGACGCCCCUUUCCAACCAAGAGAGCGAAGGAUCAACGACCGUGAAAAAGGAAGCGUUGGCGAAGCAGUUCAUUGCGUCGCAAGCUACGAUCGUCAUGGCCCAGCCACGUCGUUGAGGUCCAACUGCUGGAAAUUCGGCAUGGAAGCUAAGCGCGAACCAGCACCAGUACAUUUCUUCUAAGCAGCAAAUAAAAGUUGUUUGAUGCGCCU